ACAUGCCCUCAUGCGCAUUUUUUCGCGCAUUUGGGAGGAGCACUUAGCCGACCAUCUGUAGUAAGCAAACCGCAGAUAGGAGGGUGAAUACAAUAGGUGAACAGAUAGUCUCCCCAGAGUCCCACUUUGUUCCUGCCAGUAGAUCUAUAUUUCAAUCAUUUCAGUAAGUCUCAAUUUCGGUGGACUAUUUCUGGGAGAGUGGAUGAACCGGCGCACAGAUGGUGGCAUUUGUGGUAAUAAGCAAGGAGAAGGUUUUGAAACCGUUAGUCCUGGACCUAUCUAUGACAAACCAUUAGGUAAGCAAAAGGCACAGAGAAAUAAGGUUGAGGACGUAGGCUAGACUAUAUUGUUUAUUUAGACAAUAGGCUGUUUUUUUUGUCAAGUCAUGAGCAAUUUUAAGGACAUAAAGUCGCCAUCCUGUCAACUGAGCUCGGAUAAUAAUUCCGUGAGCAGCAAUGACUGGGAUAUGGCCAAUGACGUGUUUGUGACCUGCUACGAGGACCCGAUGGGAGAGAAUAUACACGGGGAGAUGGACUCGGUCCAGUCCGGCUUGGAAAUACACCUGCCUCCGCUGCUGCUAGGCGAUCACCGUUUAUCUCAGGACAGCAUGCUAUUGGGCCUAGUGGAGGAAGCUUACUCGGGCUAUCAUCCUCUCCCCGACUCGGGGACAAACUAUUUGGAUAUCACAAACGACCUGAACUACAGCGAAAGUGAUGGGAAUGUGACUACAAAGAAACGUAACCGCUCCACCAGUUCCAGGCACCGCGGGGAGGUCGUCACCGAGCUGGGACCAGAGGAAGUGCGAUGGUUCUACAAAGAGGACAAGAGAACAUGGAAACCAUUCGUUGGACACGACUCUUUGAAAAUUGAAGUAAUUUACCGCAAAUUAUGUGAACUAAAUCCCUGUAAGGUCAAAUGUCGGAGCCCCACCACCGAACCAGAGGAUGCCAGUGAGUCGGCCACGGCUUCCGAGCCACUACUGGAAUAUGUGGCAGAGGGAGGAGCUGUUCAAGCAGAGAUGACGACAGGGGACGCAGAGGUUGGAGGGGACAGAGAAUGGGAGAAAGAUGAACUCGACCUGGAUUCCAUAAGUGUAAACGUUGAGGCUGUUUGCGUCAGAGGUGGUCUCUACGAAGUGGACGUCAAAGACAAGGAAUGUUACCCCGUCUACUGGAACCAGCAGGACCGUAUUGCUGUGAUGAGGGGUCAGUGGUUUGUCGACGGCACGUGGCUUCCCCUUGAGGAGGACGAGAGUGACCUCAUCGAGCUGGAUCACCUUGCCCGCUUCAGGGGGCACCAGACGAGGGAGACCUACGAGGCCGCCAUUGAAGUGGUGACCACCACAGUGGACAACAAGGAUGGUAAAGUGGAUGGACUCAAUGCAAUCCACAGUUUGAAACUAAGCCGAAGCCAUGUGGACUGGCACAGUGUGGACGAGGUGUAUCUCUACAGUGAUGCCACCACCUCCAAGAUUGCACGCACUGUCACCCAGAGACUGGGCUUCUCCAAAGCUGGCAGUAGUGGGACGCGUCUCCAUCGGGGCUAUGUGGAGGAGGCAGCGCCCGAGGACACCCCGCCCGAAACAACACACAUCGUCUUUGUGGUGCACGGGAUUGGCCAGAAGAUGGACCAGGGCCGCAUCAUCAGGAACACAAGCAUGAUGAGGGAGGCUGCUAGGAAGAUGGAGGAUAAGCAUUUCUCAGAUCGUUCCACAGGACACGUGGAGUUCCUUCCUGUGGAGUGGAGGUCCAAACUGUGCCUGGAUGGAGACACGGUGGAUUCCAUCACUCCAGACAAGGUUCGUGGACUCAGGGACAUGCUCAACAGCAGUGCCAUGGACAUCAUGUACUACACCAGCCCUCUGUACAGAGACGAGAUCACUAAGGGUCUAACUCAGGAGCUGAAUCGUCUCUACAGCCUCUUCUGCAUGCGGAACCCUGAGUUUGGGGAGAGUGGCAAGGUGUCCAUCGUGUCCCACUCCCUGGGUUGUGUCAUCACUUUCGACAUCAUGACAGGCUGGGAUCCAGUACGUUUCCGUCAUGAAGAACUAUGGGCUGACCCCGAGGAGAUGCAAGAGCGCUGGCCAAGCUGUCAGGGGCGUCAACUACAAGAGGAGAUGAGACUCACACGACUCAGGUUACGAGAUUUGGAAAAUCAGUUUGCUGGUUUGCAAUCCCCGUCAUCUGAAGGCUCUUCUUCAGCCUUGAAAUUUAAGGUGGAGAACUUUUUCUGCAUGGGUUCUCCCCUGGCCGUGUUCUUGGCGUUACGAGGGAUCCGACCUGGGAACAACGUGACCCAGGAUCACAUCUUACCCAAAUCCAUCUGCCAACGUCUCUUCAACGUCUUUCAUCCUACUGACCCUGUGGCUUACCGAUUGGAGCCCCUGAUCUUAAAGAACUACAGUAACAUUUCACCAGUCCAAAUACACUGGUAUAACACAUGCAGUCCGACACCGUACGACCAGAUCCGUCCCACGCUGCUCAACCCUGCACUGAAAGAGAGAGCAUCCAUCUCGGACACGGAGAGCCUCCCCAGCCCCUGUACCUCCCCCCCUCAGACCCGAAGACACUACGGAGAGUCCAUCACAAACCUGGGGAAAGCCAGCAUUAUGGGUGCGGCCAGUCUCGGGAAAGGCAUUGGCGGGAUCUUCUUCUCCCGCUUCUCACGCUCAAGUGGUCAGGUGGGCAACGUGGAGGAGGAGCCUUCCGAUUCAGAGGGCGGGGUCUUGGAGGUGGAUAAUGCCGUAUCAGGAGAGGAGGGUGUGGCUACGGAGUUAGAGAAGUUACCUGUAGUAGAGGAGACGAGGGAAGUAGAGUCCUCCAUAUCUCGGUCCACCUCAGCUAUCCUGGACAACACCACAUUGGAGUUGGAGAGGCGCAUUGACUUUGAGCUGCGAGAAGGCAUGGUGGAGAGCCGCUAUUGGUCGGCGGUGACCUCGCACACAGCCUAUUGGUGUUCACACGACGUGGCACUGUUUCUUCUCAGCUUCAUGUAUAGACAGGGGUAUCCCACUCAGCUCUCUGAGGAUAACCCAGAGUUAUCCUAACCCACAGCCAACACUCACACACAUACACACAGAGGCGCACACACAGAGACACGCACACACAGAGAGAGAGGCACACACGCACACACACACACACACACACACACACA